AUGCCAAAAGUCACAAUCACCGGGUGCUUUAAAUGCGUGAAGUAUGCGCUUUUUGCUUUCUGUCUUAUUGCUUGGGUGAGUCACUUGCUAGCGCUAAUUUACUUUUAUCGAUUUUUUAUUUUGGGUCUGGUAGCAUUUAUCUGGGGAAUCGUUGCAAGGGCAACAGGUCAUUUUGGACCCCUUGAAACCCAUCUUCCCGCAGUUGCAAAUGGUGCAAAUCUAUUGAUAGCUGUUGGAUUUAUCAUAAUGUUUGUGGGAUUUCUCGGUUGUUGUGGAGCGAUUCGGGAGAGCCAAACUCUUCUAUUUUCAGGACGUGAUUUUGGAUCUGUCUUCUACUUGUUUGUUAGUUUCCUGAAUUUUAAAAUGCUCGACACGUUUUUCCUCUCCAUUUACCUGUGUUUCAUCCUUCUUAUGGCCGCAGGUCUCUGGGCAGUUGCGUGGAAACCAAGGGUUCCUGUUUACCUUCAUGGAUCCUUAGAGAAGUUAAUUCAAAGUUAUAAGACAGAUGGCAAUAGCGAUGAUAUCAAACUGCUGAAUUUCAUCCAGGCAAAGGUAAUUGAAUGCAUAUUUAGUUACUGCUAA